CUUCAGACGAUAUCGUAGGGAACUCGUCUUAAAAUAUUCCAACGUUCGCACGAUAUGCGUUACGCAACACGUGACCGUUAGUGAAGAACAGUGCCUUGAUAUAAAAUCAAUAACAUCUAAAUAUGAUUUAAGAAGUAACUAUCAGAAAACAAUAUGGAUUAUGAAGAUGUAAGCCCGGCUGUUGUUCUCCAUUGGAAUUACAGAGGAUUCACCGAAUUCCCACUCCAUCGCAUCAACGGUGAAGAAGCAGAAAUAACGGAUAUUUACUUAAAAGAGAAUCUCAUUAGUCGCGUACCAAACGAAAUUUGCAAAUUGAGAAACCUAGAAAGUUUGUAUUUAAGCGGAAACGAUAUAACGGAGCUUCCGAAGGAAAUAUCCGGGUUGAGAUACCUUAAAUGUUUGGACAUAAGUGGGAACAGGUUGAGGAUGCUCCCGGAUGAAGUCGGCGACAUGAAGUGCCUGAAGUUUCUGAUUCUGGAUGAAAAUGAACUUACGUCACUUCCGCUCAGACUGAACGAGCUGCGGUACCUGCGAUAUCUAUCGGUUUGUGAUAACAAACUGCAAUGGCUGCCACAGAGACCCGUUUACAACUACCAUCAUUGCGAGUUCCGAUUUUGGAGGAACACCGCGCUAAGAUCAAUUCCUUAUACCCUGUGGUAUCACAUGUUUCGCGACCAGCAAACAAGGAGUUUGAAUAUAGGGUGUCUCAACAUCCCACAACAUGAACACACAUCCACAAUAGGCAUGUUUCGGUUAAAGUUCAUUCAAAAUUCAAGAGAAUAUGAAGUUGAAAUUCUGUGUCCACCAUAUCAAAAUAUUGUUUUAUACAGUGACAAAGAUUCACCACCAAGCCUUUAUGAAAUAUGCAAAAGACAGUUGUAUCAAAUAAUUUGUGAAACUGCUAAAAGACACACAGACAAUUUAGAAUGUAAUUAUUUUUGGCAUAACUUAUAUCGUAACAAUCGUGCAAGAAAUCUUCAAGAAAGUUUUGGUAAUAUUGAUAUUGACAAAGGUGAAGAUCACAAUCAAGACGAGAAUGGAAAUACUCGUACGUUUAGAACUAAGGUUAAUAAAAGUGUAAGCAAAAUGAAAUUGAAGAAUGAUUACGGUCCGUCGGACAUAGUCGAGGAGCAUUUUAAGUAUUUGCCAAGUUUCAUAAAAAGAGAUUUGUCUAAUGGACCAAUAUCAAGAUGUGAACACGUGCAAUGUAAAAAACCUGUUUUUGAUCAUGCCCAUUUUGAAUUUUGUCUAGGAAAACUGAUCCUCAUAGAUAAUGUCGAAAACGUCAUUCUUAGUGCCACCUUUUGCUCCAAGUCUUGUUUAGAUAAAUGGAAAAUAGGCAGAAAUGUUAUUCCAUGGACAAUUUAAUGAUGCGAUGUGUACAAUACCGUUACCUUGUUUAAUUUAUUAAAUUAAUAUUAGUUACUA